AUUGGAUCCUUAUCCGUGAGCAAUAAGUUAUUUUUCAGUUCGACUCCACGAAAAUGGAUCCAAAACCUCUUCGUUUGACAAGAGAUCAAGAGCACGUGAUCAUGGUUUCUGCUCUACGACAAGUGAUAUCUAACGACCGAGGGGACACUUCAUCAUUGAAAUCGGUUGCUUUUGAAGCUCCUCAUCAUCAACCUUUGGAUGCUGGUCCUUGUCCUCUCUGCAGUAUUAUCGGUUGCUACGGUUGCGCAUUCCCAGUGCAUGAAGAGAUAAAGAAGGAGAAGAAGCACAAAGGUGUGAGGAAAAAACCAUCAGGUAAAUGGUCUGCGGAGAUAUGGGAUCCGAGUUUGCAAAGAAGGAGAUGGCUUGGAACUUUUCCAACAGCUAAAAUGGCUGCGGAGGCUUACGAUGAUGAGGCGGUAAAGCUUGUCAAAAGAAAGGCAGCGAGAAGUGACACAAUGAACGGAGAGGAACCAACCAUACACCGAGAAGACGACGGUUGAAGAUGAUUGAGAAAACGUUUUUGGUCGUGUUUUCAACCGAAGUAAACAUAUACAUAAUCGUCACACAUAUCAUUUAUUUCAUUGAUCAGAUUUUUUUACAUGUGUUAAGUAUUGUAUUGUACAGCAUUGUGAUUGUGUUUCUUAGUUUUAGCUUUAUUAUUAAAUUUGAUUUUUUUUCUAUUUUUUCAUAUUGUCCCUCGUGUUUUUUAAGUGUU